AGUUCCUCUCAUGUCAACCACAUUGCUGUUGUAUUAAUAACCUACACACGCCCAGUUGAUAGGACCCUCAGUAGGGUGGCGGUCACCGUCAGGUUUCGGGAGUGUCCACAUCUCUGCUUCGUGGGCCGCUGUAGCGCGGUCAUUCCAAAGAGACACUCCCUCCAGUGUUUUGGGGUCCUGAAGGCUCACUGUGGAGACCCUGAACCUCCCUCAGCAGUCUCGGGCGGUGGAACCCUCGUCUGGCUUCUCCAGGUCCUCAGAGAGGCGAACUCCAAGGUACCUGAAGCUACGCGGUGGGGCGUGUUCCUCAUGAAAUCUCCUGAAGUCGUUAGCAGUUUCUCCACCUCAUCACGACAGGCCCAGAAUCCCUGCACCCUCAGCACACUUAAUGAUACCAGAAGGUUAUUGGUUCAAGCCCCACCUCUGGCCUUCACAGUCGCGAGUCGCUGUGGACGUAAGUGCUCGGAAAUCGAGCCGCUUUCGUGUUGUGCUGGCGGGGUCACUUACCUCGAGAUCUGCUGCUUCGCUGCUCGGUUUAUACAGCUCGCCGCUGCACUUAAAAGGAUUUACGGUGUGUUUAUAAUCAUCACGACGGUUUUUAUUGGUACCGACGUCCACCUUGAGGUUCCUGUUGACUCUUGCAGGGCUGCGGCGAUGACCCUACGCACCGUUCUGCUCUCGUUACAAGCGCUGCUGGCCGCCGCCGAGCCAGACGACCCGCAGGACGCCGUAGUAGCCAAUCAGUACAAACAGAAUCCUGAGAUGUUUAAGCAGACCGCCCGGCUCUGGUCUCACGUGUACGCCGGCGCCCCCGUGUCCAGCUCCGAAUACGCCCGCAAAAUAGAUAAACUCUGUUCCAUGGGCUUCGACAAGAACGCGGUGAUCGUAGCUCUGUCUUCAAAGUCGUGGGACGUGGAGACGGCGACGGAAGUCCUGCUCAAUAACUGAGCCCCUUACCACCAACACCAACACCCCCCCCCCCCUCCUCCAGACACACCACACCACACGAAAUCACACCUGCACCACAAAUCGACUCCGUGUAAGAGCGUCUGAUUGGCCGAGGGGAUCAUCAUCCUUAUGGAACCAUGAACGCUUGUAGACUUUCGUACCCUGUAUAGCGAGCUGGUCAUGUGACGAGCCGGCCGGCCUGCCCUCUAGUGGACAGAUCCUUUAUUACUCAGUAAAUACGAUGCCCCCCGUCCCUCAUCACCGCCGGUCUCCCGAAGCGGGCGGAUCAGCAUCAGACGGGCACGGUCCGGCGCCGGCUGAAGAUCGGACUUUCUUCAGGUAGCCGCACCGGUGCCGACUGUGGUACUAUUUUGUAUAUAAUAAUAAUAAUAAUAAAUAAUAAUAAAAAUACGGGGGGGGGGGCAGGAAGAAGGAAAUAAAGAAUAAAAUAAUAAAAGUCUUCCUGUAGUAACGGCAGCGCAUGAGGACGGAGCCGGAGGGGAAAACACCAGAACGUUUGGUACAAGCAUGGUUAUUUAUUGUGAAACUAUCAACUGUUUGAAUAAAAAAGCUCGUAAAAUCAAA